UCUCUAAUCCUCUAGACACACGCUCGGUCUGGCUGCCUACUGGCUCAGAGAGAGAGACGGAGGCAGGUGGAGGGCGCAAACGGAGAGAGAAAGAGAGAGAAACCAAGUGGGAAGGGAAAAACAAGAUGAAGGGAAGAGAGGAAAGGAGAGCUGCCUCUCGUAAACCACGCUGACAGAAACGCGGAGAGAAGGAGGGAGGCAGUGAGGACGAGGAGGACUGGAGAAGCCAGUGACUCUCGCACGGUUUCAAGCAGAGGGAAGGAGACGGUGGAAGAGGAGGAAGAGGAGUGCGAUGCUUCAGUCCAGCGCUGCCUGAACCAAACCAGAAGAGAAGGAGAGGAGCAACAGAGAGGAGGAGAAGGAAUCCAUUGGGUGGAAGAAAUGAAGAGAAUGGAGGAGCAGAGAACGAGCAGAGACACAGAUCCCCGGUUACUCAGGCUCACAUGAGUGUACGGACCUGAGCCUGCCCAGAGUUACUACAAGAUGCUGUCAAAGAACCAGUGUGUGAGGGCGGAGUGAUGGAUGCCUGUUUGCACAAACUACCUUGAAACUCAGUAGAAGUAGAUGAGCGCUGGUGUGUCUGCAUGCUGGAGCAGGUGUGUGUGUCAGUGCGAGAACAUAUGACAGAGCAGCUGUUGUAGGAGGUGACAGGGUCCGGUGCACCCAGAGAAGGGACACAAGGAGGGAGGCAGGAAGACAGACACAUGGACGAAGAAUAACACACUCAACGAUGAGUGUGUGUGCAGCGAGCAAGUAGACGAGCUUCAGUCCAACCAUCUCAGGUGCAGUUAAGGGCGUGUGCGUACUUUGGGACAGCACCUAAAGAAAAGAAGCUCACAAUGAGGUGUCACUGAGCUCCUUCGAGGUUGACUCCUCUUUAAACACCGGACAAGCCACCUGACGCCGCUCCCUACCUCAUUGCAACCCAACAAGUGGACUUGAAGACUCAGAAGAAGGGACCAGCUCCGGUGCCCUGCUGACUGGAAAACCCCCAGCUGAUUUCCUGUGCCCAGUGGAUGCCUCCUGACUCCAACCAUGGGAGAAUGGACCAUCCUAGAGCGCCUCCUAGAGGCCGCUGUGCAGCAGCACUCUACUAUGAUCGGAAGGAUCCUGCUGACAGUAGUGGUGAUCUUCCGUAUCCUGAUCGUCGCCAUUGUGGGUGAGACUGUGUACGAGGACGAGCAAACCAUGUUCAUUUGCAACACUCUGCAGCCAGGUUGCAACCAGGCCUGCUAUGACAAGGCCUUCCCCAUUUCCCACAUUCGCUACUGGGUCUUCCAGAUCAUACUGGUGUGCACACCCAGCCUCUGCUUCAUCACCUACUCCGUCCACCAGUCGGCCAAACAGAAAGACCGGCGCUACUCUUUUCUCUAUCCCAUAAUGGAGAGGGACUACGGGGGAAGAGACGGGGCUCGGAAGCUCCGCAACAUUAACGGAAUUCUAGUGCAACAUGGCGGUGAUGGUGGAGGAGGGAAAGAAGAACCAGACUGCCUGGAGGUGAAGGAGAUCCCCAACGCCCCGCGGGGCCUCACCCACGGGAAGAGCUCCAAGGUUCGCCGGCAAGAAGGGAUCUCCCGCUUUUACAUCAUUCAGGUGGUGUUCAGAAACGCACUGGAGAUUGGCUUCUUGGCAGGCCAAUACUUCCUUUACGGCUUUAGUGUGCCUGGGAUUUUCGAGUGUGACCGCUACCCAUGUCUGAAGGAGGUGGAGUGCUACGUGUCCCGUCCCACAGAAAAAACGGUUUUCCUGGUGUUCAUGUUUGCGGUGAGCGGCAUCUGCGUGGUGCUCAACCUGGCCGAGCUCAACCAUCUGGGCUGGCGCAAGAUCAAGGCCGCCAUCAGGGGCGUCCAGGCCCGCAGGAAGUCUAUCUGUGAGAUCAGGAAGAAGGACAUGGCGCAUCUGUCCCAGCCGCCCAACCUGGGACGCACGCAGUCCAGCGAAUCAGCCUACGUCUGAUGAUGAAGAGAAGAAAAAAAAGAGGAGGUGUGGGGUGAAUGUGCAAGAGCGAGGAUGAAUUAAUUAUGAUUUUAAUUUAAUGAAGACGGAGUGGAGACGGCCCCUCCUCUGCGAUGAUGUGAAACAGAAUGUAAAAAGACCAAACCUCCGGCUCUACGACUUUGAGAGUCGAGGAGGAGGAGGAGGAGGGGAAGAAGAAAAUGAGAAAAAAAGCAUAGAGAGACGAUAAAGGAGGACAAAAAGUUCAGUUCUGUAAAUGAACACGUUUUGGUCUCAUGGGGGAGAUAUUCCAACUGCCAUUUUAUACUUUUGUCUUUCUUUUUUAAACUAAUUAACUUCUUCUCUGCCCC